AAAACUGGCGCCACUUAUCAAUGCAAUCCAUACAAAUAUGGCUGCCGUUUAGUUCACGGCACAUUAUAGAUUUGUGAGCUGACGUGUCUUGUGCUUUCGUACGGUUUUUUAGUUUAGCCAAAAUGAAUGCUUUUAAACGUGAAAAAAAGGAAGAGGAAGAUGGGGGGAAUCCAUUUCAAAAUCUGGAAAAGACUUCUGUGCUACAGGAAGCUCGCACCUUCAAUGAUACUCCAGUUAAUCCAAGGAAAUGUGCACACAUUUUGACUAAAAUCUUGUACUUGCUGAAUCAAGGAGAACAACUUGGAACAACAGAAGCCACGGAAGCUUUCUUUGCUAUGACCAAGCUUUUUCAAUCUCGUGAUGUUGUGCUCCGCCGUUUAGUGUAUCUGGGUAUCAAAGAAUUAAGUUCUGUUGCCGAAGAUGUUAUUAUUGUUACAUCAAGUUUGACAAAGGAUAUGACGGGCAAGGAAGAUCUUUAUAGAGCAGCAGCCAUUAGAGCAUUAUGCACAAUCACAGACAGUGCAAUGUUAGCUACUAUUGAAAGAUACAUGAAACAAGCAAUAGUAGAUCGCUCUCCAGCAGUUUCAAGUGCUGCUCUAGUGUCUUCUCUCCAUCUGACAAGGGUUUCUAGUGAUGUUGCAAGGAGAUGGGCAAAUGAAGCUCAAGAGGCUUUGAAUUCUGAUAAUGUUAUGGUUCAGUAUCAUGCACUGGGUGUACUUUAUCAAGCUAGGAAGUCAGACAAGCAUGCAGUUAUUAAAUUAGUAGCAAAGUUAAUGAGAUCUAGUCCCAAAAGUCCUUAUGCAGUUUGUAUGUUGAUAAGAAUGGCCUGCAAGCUAUUAGAUGAAGUAGACGAAGGAUCAGAAUUUUUAGAAUUCAUUGAAUCUUGUAUUCGUCACAAAUCAGAAAUGGUAGUUUAUGAAGCUGCACAUGCAUUGGUUAAUCUUGGUAGAAGUGGCACAAGAGAAAUUGCAUCAGCCAUCAGUGUUUUACAAUUAUUCUGUGGCUCUCCCAAACCAGCUCUUAGAUUUGCUGCAGUACGCACUUUGAAUAAAGUAGCAAUGACACAUCCAGGAGCGGUAACUUCUUGCAAUUUAGAUUUGGAAAAUUUAAUUACUGAUUCAAACAGAUCAAUUGCCACCUUAGCUAUUACUACUCUUCUGAAAACUGGUGCAGAAAGCUCUGUGGAUCGUCUGAUGAAACAGAUUGCUACAUUUGUAUCAGAAAUCUCUGAUGAAUUUAAAGUUGUUGUUGUACAAGCCAUCAGAGCACUUUGCCAGAAAUUCCCACGCAAACAUACCGUGCUCAUGAACUUUUUGUCGGCAAUGUUACGAGACGAAGGAGGUUUGGAGUACAAAGCAGCCAUCGUUGAUACCAUUAUCGCAGUGAUGGAGGGUAACGCUGAGGCAAAAGAAGCUGGUCUCGCUCAUCUGUGUGAAUUCAUUGAGGAUUGCGAGCACACUUCCUUGGCAGUACGCAUUCUUCACUUGCUUGGCCAGGAGGGUCCUACGUCGAAGCAACCAUCUCGUUACAUUCGUUUCAUCUACAAUCGCGUGAUCUUAGAAAGCGCGAGCGUGAGAGCAGCCGCAGUAACUGCGUUGGCACACUUCGCCGCUGCUUGUCCUGCUUUGCUGCCGAAUAUUCUCGUGCUGUUAUCGCGCUGUCAACUCGAUUCUGAUGACGAAGUUCGCGAUAGAGCCACUUAUUACUGCACGAUUCUUCAGCAAAAUGCCGAUCCAACAAUCUUGCCGCUUGUACAACCACCGCAACUAUCAAUACCGAGCCUAGAAAGAGCAUUAAGAAAUUACGUUACAUCAUCGAUGGACGAGGACUUUGACAUUUCAUUGAUCCCACCUGCACAAGUAAUUGAAGAACCAACGCCAGAAGUGACGGCGGCAGUGAGACCACAGCAGCAAAGACUGACAAGAGAGGAAAGCUACAUGGAAAAGCUUACGCAAGUACCGCAACUUGCAGCAAUCAUUGGCGACUCAAUAUUGUUCAAAUCCUCAACUAUCAUCGAACUCACGGAAUCAGAAACAGAGUACUACGUCAAGUGUAUCAAGCAUUGUUUCACAGAUUUUCUCAUUUUGCAAUUUGAUUGUGUUAAUACGCUGGAUGAUCAGUUCUUGGAAGACGUCAGAGUGGAAAUAGAAACGCAAGACACCUACACUUUAGUCUGCGAGGUUCCAUGCCCAAAGUUGCCAUAUAACGAACCAGGCACAUGCUACACAGUAUUGAAAUUUCCCGAGGAUCUUCAAUCUACGGUCAUCACGUGUCCUGCAACAAUGAAGUUUAUUGCUCAUGAAUGCGAUCCAACGACCGGUUCGGCUGAAGAGCAAGGCUAUGAUGACGAAUAUAUGUUGGAAGAUUUGGAAAUAACAGUCAGGGACCAAGUACGCGGACUCGGUGUCCGCAAUAUCGACUUCGCAAGUGUCUGGGAUUCCGCAGAAGCUCGCAACUUUUUCACGCAAGAGCAAGUAUUUGCCUUGGGUGCUAGAGUUACUACUAUUGAAGCUGCUAUUCAAAGUCUAAUCACAUUCCUCGGUAUGGAACCAGCAGAAAGAUCCGAUCGUGUCAAGUCUGGCGCAGCUCAGCACACACUUUUACUUUCUGGCAUGUACAGAGGUGGCAAGGAAGUUUUGGCCAGGGCAAAACUUGCACUUACGGAUCAAGUCACCAUGCAGUUUACUGUUCGCUCGCAGGAUCCCGAUGUCGCAGAGCUGAUGAUUUCUUCUGUUGGUUAAAGAUUCCACGACGUCUAUUAAAGAUUCGGGGUUAAAAUUUGUUGUGAGAAUUGUGGAGAAAAAUAGCGAAUUUUUUUAUGAUCUUGUGUCGAAGUGUAGACGCAUUAUAGGUACUAUUGAGUAUUUUUGAAGAAUAGCAAGGAUGUUUAUUUGUUGUCUUGAACGUGACUAUUAUUAAUUUUAAGAAAAAAUUACUGUAUAACUGUGAGACAAUUGUAUUUUUUUAUAAAUUUCAAUUGUGUAUUUAAGUAUGAUUAUUAUAAAAAUACAAAUAUU